UUGAGUGCCUUUGAGGCUUGUAUCAUCAGCAGCCAUGGCCGAAUCUGAGCAGCUACUUCUACUGGAUUUGCUUGCUAGUCCUUUCUCAGCAAGAGUGAAGAUAGCCUUGGCUGAAAAGGGCUUAAACUAUGAGUCCAGAAUAGAAGACUUGGCGAAUAAGAGCCCCCUUCUUCUUGAGAUGAACCCUGUCCACAAGCAAAUACCUGUCUUCAUCCAUAAUGGCAGACCCAUAUGCGAAUCUACGGUAAUAGUUCAGUAUAUUGAUGAGGUCUGGAACCACAACUCUCCAUUGUUGCCUUCUGAUCCUCACCAACGAGCACACGCCAGGUUCUGGGCUGACUAUGUCGACAAGAAGAUUUAUUCUAUUGCAAGCGUGCUGUUCACAUCAGAAGGGGAAGCCAAAGAAGCGUCAAGAAAGGACCUGAUUGAAUGCUUUAAAAUUUUGGAGUGUGAAAUUGGAGAAAAGCCAUACUUUGGAGGUGAAAGCUUCGGUUUUGUUGAUUUAAUACUCAUUCCAUUUUAUAGCUUCUUCUAUGCAUUUGAGACGUUUGGAAACUUGAGCAUGGUAGAGGAUUUCCCUAAGAUCAUGGACUGGGCUCAAAGAUGCUUGCAGAAGGAGAGUGUGUCCAAGACUUUAGUUGACCAGCAAAAGCUUUAUGAAAUUGUUUUGGAGUUAAGGAAGAAGUGGGGGGUUGAAUAGAAUUUUUCCAAGAGCACAGGGCUUUUACACACUUGUAUUUUCUGUUUCAGUCACUUCCUAAUUAUCCGAGAAAAUAAAGUCUUGAAUUGCCAUUAGUUAUAAUUCUGUGAUUUGCUUGUGUUUGAUUAGUCAGUGAGAAAAACAAAUUUUACCAUUUAUUUGUAGCCCAUUUGAGAUAUUAAUUCUGUUAUUUAUAGUGUUGUUUAUUGGUCA